AGCCUCCUUCCUAUCACAUAACCUAGCUGCUGCAUGCAUGCUAUCUAUGCUGACAUGCUACAGCGUUCACCCAUAUCAACACUCAUUUUUAGUAUCUUCAACUUACAACUUAAAAAACAUCAGUCUCAUUUCCUCACUACUCCCCCAUAACUUCCAAGUUAUCAUUCCAUAUCACAUCGACAACAUGGAUACCACAGUUGUGAGAAUAAAUUCAAUCUACCAUUUUAUGUUGUUAUGAUAAACAAACAAGUGUAUCUGGCGUGUCUAAUGAUUAAAUCCUCGUGAUCCAUGGGCUUCUCGCAUCCAAAACCAUCUUUACAUACAGGUGGUGGAUGAUUCGUGGAAGACUUUGUGCCUUAGGACUUCUGAUCACAAUUUACCUAGUAGGUGUACUUCUCCUUUCCACUGUUACUCUUCAAAACCAGCACAAGUCUGAUUGGAUUGGUGGUGAAGCAGACGGGUGGAGGGGAGGUGCAGAAGUGGUACACUGGUGUCGUCCGCUGCACUUCCUCACUCCCUCAUCAGCCCACUCCACACCGCGUCCAGUGAUUGCUCUCGCCUCGUUCCCUGGCAGUGGCAACACUUGGCUUCGCUAUCUGCUACAGCAAGCUACUGGAGUGUACACGGGGUCAGUGUACAAGGACUACGGCCUGCUCCGAAAUGGCUUCCCAGGCGAGUCGUGGUCUAACAGCAGUGUUAGCGUAGUCAAGACGCAUGAGUGGGGCGUGCAAGCACGUGCACACUUUGGGCGCGCCGUGCUACUCGUGCGGGCGCCUGCCCAUGCAAUCCACGCAGAGUUCAAUCGGCAGAGUGGCGGCCAUGUUGGAUUUGCAUCGCCACAUCGCUACAAGCGCAACAGGGGACGCUAUUGGCACCAAUUCGUAAUGGAGAAACUAUCAUCAUGGAAGAGCAUGAAUCUAGACUGGGUGAGAAACUUUGAUGGACCAACACACGUUGUUUUGUAUGAAAAUCUGGUAGAGGACGUCGAAACAACGCUGAGAAAACUGAUCGACUUUAUUCAACUGCCGAUUGACGAGAAACAAAUACAGUGCGCUCUGGAAAGACAAGAGGGCAUCUACAGGCGUAAAAGGCGUGUCUUCAACCUAGAUCCCUACACCACUUCCAUGAAAAUUAUGCUCCAAAUCGAGCAAGAAAAGGUUCUACAAGAAAUCAAAUCUCGCAUCAAAACAUCAUGAAAAUCAAUGUAAUGACAGUAGUAUUAUUAAUUUAGCAAUUUGCUGAAAUUUGUACAAAAAUCCUAUCUAUUAAUAGAAGCUUACCAUAGACUAUGUUCGGCACAUGAUAAAACACCUUUUAAAAUCUCAAAAGCAUGUAGGUAGAAAACCACGAAUUGGCUGAGUAACAUUUAAUUUAAUCCUUAUUUAAUAACUAUAGCCUAAUUAUUUUAAAAUUUGUUCUUGUGUUUGGAUAUAGUUGAAAAAUGUUUAUACUUGUUAAUAUGGUAUUUGUUAUGUUUAUUGAAUUAAGUACAAUAAUUUUUUAAAAUAUUUAAAUAUUUGAAUUAAUUGAUUGGUGGGCUAUAAUGCUAUACUUAUUACAUGGUAAAUCAUCAAAGUACAAUAUAAUUAAUGAAUUUAUCAUAUUGACUGAAAGUGACAAAUGUUUCACAUAUGAAAAUUUUGGCUCAAAAAUUGUGGUCAGAUAUUUAAUUCAGUAAAUUUAAAUGAAUUUUUAUAUUCUAAUUCAUCGAAGUACAAAGUACAAGAAAACUUAUGAAAUUUUAUAAUCAUUUCACAUUGACUGAAAGUGAUGAAUUCUCCACUAGUAUUAUAUACCGUAAGUUACUAUGAUUUUUAAAAUCUGACUCAAAAAUUAUAACCAUAUAUUUAUCUUAAUUAAUUGAAAUUCAUCAUUUUAUAAUUUAUAAGAUUAACACUACCGAGAAGAUUAUGGUGCAAAAAGAUUUAGGCCUACUGAAUCAGAAUAAGCACAAAAAACGAAAAAGUUUCUGAUUCUGUAAGUAUCAAUUAGGUACCUAAGUAAACUCUGCUUGAGAAUACUGAAAGAAAUCAGUUGUAUUGGAUUCUCAUUUAGUGGCCAUAAUUAUAUAUUUGUCAUUGAUAUCAAUAACAAAAAAAUGCAUAUGUAUAUGUAAUGCAUGAUUAUAUUCAUUGAACGCAAGUGAAAUAAUAAUAAUAAUACCAUCAAAUACUCUGAAGACGAUAAUAAUGAUAAUUUGCAAAUGCAAUUAAUUACUUUGUGCUGAUGACGAUAAGAUAUUCAGGCAGAUCAAAGAUAUUAAUUACAAAGUAGGUGUUCAGGACGAUCUAAACAGUCUGCCCAAAUGGUAUACAAGAAUAAAUUGAGCCUGAACGUUAACGUCAUGAAGUGUUGUGUGGUCUGGUCACAUUUUCAAGAAGGCCUAUGUUAUCCGUCAUUGAUAACAGAUAUUCAAUCGCAAACUGUAAUUUGCAAGUGUGUGAAACUGUUAGAGAUCUAGGUGUAAUCUUUGACCAAACCUUCAAGUUUGACAGUCACUUAACUGUUAAAAAUAUUAUUAACAAAAUGCAUGCAAAGUUUUAGGAUUUGUAUGCAGGCAAUGUAAGAUCUUUGAUGAUUGUAUUUCUAUUAUCAGAGUAUACAGUGCCUUCAUAACAAGUCGUUUGGAAUAUUGCUCCGUGAGUGUCCUCCGGAUGAACUAUCAGAUAUUUUUCAUGUUAAUUCAUGUGAAUAUUCACAAAUUCAUCUUGAAAUAUUCCCGUUUAUCUAUCUAAAUUUGAUAUCAAUCUUGAUGAUUGACUUUACAGAUUAAUUUUCGGAAAGGAAAUAAUAGUCCCAUCAUGUGAUAUUAUGUACAUUCAGUACAGUAUAAAUCGUAUUAUAUGAAUGAUAACAAUAACAGAAUAUGAAUCAAUAUGACAUUGCUAUAAAAUAUUCAUACAUUCUAUUCAGUUUAAAUUUGAACACCAUUUUUCUACUUAACAUUGACCAAUAAUAUUAUUACCAAACUCUCUAGUAAGCAACAAUGAUUACAGUAUCAAAAUCAAUUAUUCAUUGUAGUAUUCCUAGUUGGAGAGCUCCAGGUCAAUCUCAUGAGGGUUUUCAUUUUCAAAUAGCAAUAUUCUGUAAGGAAACUGUAGGUUUAAUUUUUUAAACUCAAAUUCUAAUUCAUUAUAAUAUAAAUAAACAUGCAUGGAAUUGUGAAAUUGGGUUGACUAAAACUAUUACAUUCAUAGAAACUCUCAAAAUGUAACAGUUUUAUCCUUGUUUAAUCGAACAAUGUGAUUUAUGGAGUACCUAGAUUGAUUAAUAAUAUGGGAAUCUUUUCUCACACGUUGAACAAUUAUUGUGUACAGGAGAAAUGUUAAAUAUAUAUAGAUGGUUUAGUCACGUAGAAAAGCUCAAUCCUCAUCAGGCCGCGGCGAUUUCAAGCUUUUUUUCGUGACAAUAAUUUACAACAGAUUUUUGGCUAGUUGAGCUUUCAAUGUUAGUGAUGAACAAUUCAAAUGUUAGUGCAAACGAUGUUUAUACUGAGAUAAUAAUGAAUUUAAGUGCAAUAUGUAAACGAUGUAUAUUUUUAGACGGGAUUUAGCGAAGUACUAGAGUUCAAACUCUGGCUUUCUGAGUCUGAAAAUACUUAGUCUAGGACUUAUUCAAACUCUGGAGUAUAGAGAUCACGAUAGACUCUGUAGUUUAUAAUUUCGCUUUCGGAGUAGAGGAGUUAUAAGUCCAGGGCUUGAAUUGGAUUCUCGCCUCUUUCCGAGUCAUGGAUUCAUCAAAAAUCGUCUUGUCUAGAACUUGACACUGUCCUACCCGAGGGGUAGGAUUUGAAAUUAAGUUCUAGACAAACACGUCUCAGUUUUGUUUUGGAGAAGAUGAGUAGUCUAUUAGCUGUAUGGAAUACAAAGAUUAUUUGGAUUAAUUAAUCUAAAUUCAAAAUUUAUAGUUUACACAUGUAUUCUAAAUAAAAUUGUAUCAAAAUUAUGCGUGCAAACUAA